UAAAUCGAGGCUAUCCUUCCUGAAAGGAAAUCGGGAUAAAAAGUUUGAGGUGGACACACAAGUUAAAGUUUGGAGAGUCGGAGGGAAAAGGUUAAAUCCAGAGAGAAGAUGAGCGACACAGAGGCGUCUGAGCAACCUCAGCCCGAGAGAAAAGUUAUCGCGACAGGUGUGCAGGGAACUGUGAAAUGGUUCAAUGUGCGCAAUGGAUAUGGCUUCAUCAAUAGAAAUGAUACUAAAGAAGAUGUAUUUGUUCAUCAGACUGCAAUAAAAAAGAAUAACCCAAGAAAGUUCCUCAGAAGUGUGGGGGACGGUGAGGUUGUGGAGUUUGAUGUUGUCGAAGCAGCUAAAGGCUCAGAGGCAGCAAAUGUGACCGGUCCAGGGGGUAUACCUGUCAAAGGCAGUCGAUACGCCCCCAAUAAACGAAGAUUCCGUAGGCGCUUUUACCCCCAUAAUGCACAACCUGCUGAAGGAGAGGAGAAAUCUGGGGGGGCUCCAGCAGGGCCCAUAUCUGAGGGAGAGGGCAGUGAAGUGAAAGGAGCCCCUCGGCCACAUCCUCGGCGCCAGCGCCCACGCAGAAGACCUAUUCAGCCACAAGGCGAGGGAGAAGCUGGAGAGAAGAACGAGGAAGUAGAUGGUGCCCAGCAGAGGCCGCCACCACGCAGGCCAUUACAUCCUCACCCACUCCCUGGAGAGGCUCAACAGACAGUAGUCCCUGCAGAAGAGCAAGAGUCCCCCCCUAAAGAGAGCCAGACCAAUAGGGAGCAGACUGAGGGGCAGCCCCGGAAACCCCGCAGACAGUUCAGUCGGCGCAGACAGAAGAAAUCUGAAUCUGGUGCCUCUAAAGAUGGAGAUGAACCUGAAAAACCUGAGGCCCUGGCUGAAGCUUCUCCAAAACAAUCCCUUAAAACUGAUACCCCUCCUCCCACAGCUUCCAAGCCCUCAGAAUGAUAUCUGUGACCUGGAAGGAAUCAUGUGACCUCCGGCAAGAGGUUUCUGGUUGGGUUAGUAUGGGGGUAGGACCUUGCUUGUCUCGUCAAACAUUCAACCAUUGUGCAAACAAUUGCCCCUCACUUCUACAUCCUUGUCCCUCCCCCAACUUGAUUCACCACUUGAGGUCAGGAUCAUUUAUCUGUCAGGGAGAGAGAAAGAGAAGGAUGGAUGGAGAGGAAGGGCUGGUGGAGAAGGGAGGGUUGGGUUGAUGCAUCUUUAGCCAUUUAAAAUUAAAAUUGAAAAAAAGAGAGAGAGAAACCUGCUCUGAAAGCCCAUUAUAUUUGCAAUAUUUCCCCUUUGAAGUUUUGUUCUGUACUAUGGGCGAUGAGCAGUAGAGAAAACUUGACCAGUUUGGCUACUUUAAGUUCACCAGUGAGAGGAAAUGCCAUCCAGUGUGAUGAGCUCUGCACAGACUCUUCUCUUACUUAUAACUAGAUAAAAAGGGAAAAUAUGCAUCCAAUCAAAAUACAAACUGGUUUAAGAUAGUCCCUUUUUCUUUUCUUUUGGUAUGUUCCUUUCUUUGGUGGGGAUUAUGUGCAAUGCCAGUGAAGUAAAUAAAGUAUUUGCAAAGC